ACAAAGUUCACGGCUCAAAUCUAUUUGAACAAGGCGUCUUUAUGGUUUCCGAGAUUCACCUAGUCUCAUCCAGUUCAACUCUAAUUGCAGAGGCCUUCGCGAUGCGGUUGGCUCUUUGCAUGGCGUUAACCUUAGAGUUCCCUACACUCGAGGUUCUCUCCAACCUUUAAACGCUCAUCAGAGCUAUCACCGGCAACAUUCAGUCUAAAGAAAACAUCGGAAUCGUUGAAGAUAUCCGAGUGAUCUCCUCUGGUUUUGCAUCAGUUUCGUUCUCUUAUCUCUCUCUUUCGGAAAAUGUAAUAGCCGAUGGCUUAGCUAAAAUGCCUCUUCAAGCUUCUUUAUCUUUGUAAUGGACUCCUUGAAUUGAGCCAUCUUUGGGCUCUUUUCAGUUUCUUUAGUUUUAAUGAAAUUUCAGUGAUAAAAAAAAAAAAUAUAUAUUAUAGUUGCAUUAAGUUCGAGUUUUGAUAUGUUCACAAAUAACAAUAACAUCAACAUGACAAUUUGCUCACAUGAAUUAUUUUCAAGUAAUUAAAUCAACUCUAGUUGUAUUCAGUUAAUUUAUGAUCAUGAAUCAUGAAGUAGGUAGUUAAUAAAGUUCAAGCAUUAAGCACAAUACAAGUGAAGUAUUUUAAUGAUAACUAUCUAAUGUAAGAACCCUAAACAUUCAGUUUCUUCACUUCAUUGAACCCUACCUAACACCUAACUGUGAAAUUAAUCAGACAUAAUUAAAGAACACAAAAACAAAGAAGAAUAAAAUUGCAUAAUUAAAGAGGUAUAGAAAACUUGUCCAAGAAAAGUACAUAGUCAAAUAAUGGCCUUUCCAAAGCUUACAUUCUCGAAAGCUCAAGUCUGUAAGAAUAAAACGUAAACUCCUAAUUUUCAUCAUAAAUGGUAUUUAGAGACAAUGGACCACUGACUCUCUUGAAAAUGGAAAAAUCAAACAGGAGAAAGCAAAACUUUAGACUGGUCGUGUGCAUCGGAUCAAACGAUCAGAAAAUGAGAUCGAUCAAUCCUUUCUGGUCGAGGAACGUUUUCGUCGAUCGAUCAAUCAUGAUGUCACGUUGAUCGAUCACUAUAUCUGUCCGUCGCCCAUCGCUCGAUCCGUUUAUGUAAUUAAUUCACCAGUUCUUGUUCUUCAUUUUAACUUCUUCAAAUCAUCUCAAGAUUCAUUUAAAUUCUUGUAAAACUCACCACAUUCAUUAAAAAGCUCUUAACCACCUAAAGCACCUGAAAACAUAGAUAAAAAUACUCCAGAAAACCUAAAACGACUAAAAAGUAAAAACCAUGUCAAAGGUUAGUAAAAACCAGAGUAUAUCAGUAAGGCUUCUACGGAUCUGACCUGUCAGAACAACAAGAGAAGAAUGAAACAGUUUAUGGAGUCCGUAGUAGUGAGCAAUAAACAUGGUCCUCUUUUAUAUUUUAUGGUAUGGAGUUGCCUUCAUAUUUGGGUUUUAUCUUGAACUCAGCAACUAAUGUGUAAUAAUGUGUGGUUUUGUCCAAACUGGAGACAAGAUCCGGAAGUGAAUAUAUAUAUGCAAGAAUGGUGCUGUUAUCAUCUUCUCUAAGGAGACAAGCCAUGCUGAUUAUUUCAUAACCUAUGCCAACGCGUUGCAAAUUCGGCCGUGCACAUUCAUUUUCUUGAGAUCUGAAACUUAUCUUUAUAGAAUAUAGGAAAUGAGCUGUGGAAGGGAACAUUGAGCAGACAUAGACACUCAUUGUUCAAUAUUAUAAGUUUAUGACAACCAAUAGAUUCCUCAUUGCCUCUCUUUCCUGGUGGUGUAUAUAAGUAUUACCUGGAGAGGCAUUGAGAAGCACAACAAACACUUUAGCCUUCUCUUCGCUCAUUAACAAGAGAGAAACAAAAAAUGGCUGUCUCCUUCCACGUUCGAUCUAACAGUUACCCCUCUAGACUUCACCCACAAGCUGCUCAUGUUGAUGAGCAGUUAACUCGACUGAGAUCUUCUGAUGAAACCUCGACAUCUUCAAGCUCUUCUAUAUGUCAAAGACUUGACAAACUUCAAGAUCUUCACGAGUCUCUUGACAAACUUAUUCGCCUACCUUUCACACAACAUACUUUACCUCUAGAGAAGAACAAGAAAGCUGUCGAGCAGAUUCUUGAUGGAUCUCUCAGGAUCUUGGAUCUGUGCAACAUUUCCAAGGAUGCUUUGUCGCAGAUGAAAGAGGGUCUCAUGGAGAUCCAGUCGAUGCUGAGAAGAAAGCGCGGAGAUCUAUCGGGAGAGGUCAAGAAGUACUUAGCCUCAAGAAAAUCCAUCAAGAAGUCAUUGCAAAAGGUCUUUAAGAGUUUGAAGAUCAAACAAGACCAAGAGUGCAACGACGAGUCUUUGGCAGCGUUUGGAGAAGCAGAAGCUAUUACAGUUGGUCUGUUUGAUUCUCUGUUGUGCUUCAUGUCUGGAUCGAAGACAUGUAGCAAAUGGUCACUUGUCUCAAAGCUAAUGAACCAGAAGAAAGUUACAUGUGAAGCACAAGCAAAUGAAUUCACAAGAGUUGACUCUGAAUUCGAAUCAGAGAAGACUUUGAAAAUGGAUGAUGUGCAGAUCCUAGAGUCAUGCAUUCACGAUCUUGAAGAUGGACUUCAAUCUCUUUCCAAGUCCUUGAUUAAAUACCGAGUUUCGAUUCUUAACACCUUAGGCCAUUAAAGCCUACAAAUUUUGUAGAAAAAAUGUAAAUAUAAUUACUUGUAAAAGAAACACAUAAACAAUGAAUACAAGUUCUUUAUCAUAUAUAACUCUGUUCUCGUGAUAUCUCUUAUUUUUUUCACGAAUGAUCAUCAAACAACUAAACCCUUUCUCGAUUUUCAGAAACGUCACACAGUUUCUUACCCUCAAAUUUCACUAUUUAAUCAUUUUGUGUUAUGACUGAGUAAAUUAAACAACGUUUACUUGUUCACCAAACAUAU